GCUGAGUCCUAGCUCAGGCCGCCCAGCUCCUGUGUUGUGUAAAGUGUCGAUUGCAGAGUCACGGAUCGGGGUUGCUUAACGCGCGUAGCAAGGACAACACUCGUGUCAGCAUGAGCUCAGGAGGCAGAUGAGGGAAGCGAUGACAGAAACUCUGUUAUGAAUCCCAAACUCCAUCCUUAUUUCAUUUUAGUCUCUGACUUCGGAGUUUUAGCUGCGUGUGGCUGACCAAGCUAAGCUAACGGCUAAGAGGAGCCUCUGUGUGGAGUGAGCUCUGUGAGUGACAUCUGAAGCUCCUGGAGAGGACAACCACCGAGGAAUAAAGGUAAUUAUGCAGCUAAAAAGGAGCCUUAUUGAAUGUAAAAAGUCUCAUAAAUAUAUUCUAACGCUUGAAUAUUUGAUGCAUACUUGUUGUGCUGUUACCUGCUCAAGAUAACACAAGAAGGACUGGUUAAAAACUUAAAUUUUUACUCAUAUCAAGUGUGUUUUUGCUGUUAUGCCGGGCAAACAUGUUAGGGAUAUAAAGCUAAAGGAUAUACAGCCUUUAUUCAUAACAAGCAGCUGAAACGGAUACUUUAGUGAACCAUGACUCAGCAUUAAAUAGCACUGUCAAAUGUCUUAAUAUAGCAGAGAAGAGCAGCCAGGUGGUUUUGAGAAAGGAAGAAAGGAAAGUGUAUUUAUUGUGGAGAUAUAAUUACAUUUCCCGACCUAUAUCUGCUUUGUUUUUAUUCCAUGUUAUGCUCAAUCGUUUUCCAGUUAAAUUACGUGUGCAUUCCCAUCAGGGAUAGUUGAUUUGUGCAUACAAACCCAGCAAAACACAGAGGAAUAACUUCUAAAACAAGCAGGAAACCUGAGUAAGACUGAAAGAUAUGCUGUCAAAUAACUAGACCGAUAAAUAACAAGGUCAACAGCACAAUAAAACAACAAGUAUGUCAAAAAGAAAACAAUGAGGGUGUGUUCACAAGAUCUAGAGCAGGUAUUGGCAGAUCACACACUCCUUUAUUGUUAAAAUCAAACAAUAUUAAGACAUUGAAAUGAGUAACUUAAGCCAUCUUUAUAUUAUUUCUGCAGUACCUCACUAUCCUUUCUUCAUUAUAGUUUUAUUGUGUCUUUUGUGUAAGGAAUAUGUUGUGUUUACGCAUAGUUUAACCAUGUCUCCUUGUGUUUGUGUUUUAUGACACAUAUUGUAGGUCAAACACAAGUAAGAAGUCAAUGUUAUCUUUUUUUUUAUCAUCAUAUAUAAUCUGGAGAACAUCCAUGAGAAACGUCCAGAGUGGCUGUAGAAAAUGUCAGUUUGGACUAAACCCCUCUCUGUCUGAGAACAAGCCAAGACUGAGUGAAAGUAGUUCAAGUCAAGGCCCUGACCUUUAAACAGUGGUCUCAAGACCAAACAGAGACCAAAUAUUUCAGCACUAGUAUUGAGGAGAAUUGCUGCAAGUUUUGUAAGUAGAUAGAAAGUACAAAUAUCCUGAUGAAGGCAGAGAAAGUUGCACAAUCAUGUUUGGAAUAAGUCUAGAAAAAGCUGCUUUCUGGAGGAUUUUCUGUUUGCUUGAAUAAAUACAUCUCUUUGUUUCAAUCCAAUCGAGGAUUUUGGUAACUCUUUUUUGGACUGUUUGUUUCCCUUAAAUGAGAAGUUUAGAAAAUAGAGGAAAUAAUUAUAGAUAAGAAAAGAGCAUUUUAGAUACACAAAGAGAUAGCUGCAGUGUGUCUCAUUAAAACACAAUUUUAAUUAUGUUUUAUUUGUGCUGAAGGUGCUGAAUCAGUCAUGUGGACCCAACUCUUUGCGCUGCUUCCAAAACAGGAUCAGUUUCAGGAAUUUAAGAGAAUAUCGUAAAUAAUAUCCAAAUUAAACUUUUCAAAAAAGUAAACACAAUAGACAAACCAAAAAAAGGGGGGAUAAAACUACAAAAAUGGACAUAAAACUAUCAAAUUGAUUGAAAAAUCUCAGAAAAGUGUGAAACUAAAAGUUUGUGAGGUAAAAGAAAUAGUAGAAGAACUUUCAUGCUCAUUCUGGACAAGUGUAUCUGCUAUCUCUUGAUGUUUUUAUUAGGGCCCGACCGAUUUAUCGGCCCAUUAAAUAGGCCAAUUUAUUCCCGUUUGAGACUAAUCGGUAAUCGGCGAAAAAUCGCCGAUUUUCGCCGACAUUUUCAGAAAUAAAAUGCGGAGAAUAAGAUUCCGUUUCACUUCGAAAAUGUUCCGCCAUUUGAAAAGUUCCCCGACACAUCCUGUAGAGGGCGCAACGACCUCAUGACAACGUUCAUCCACUAAAACUACUUCAUGGCAUAGCAGCGUGACGGAGCUGAAGGCUGCACGGAGAGUGGUCCGCCUCAACGGUAAAUGAACCAAUUUGUGAAGUACACAAUAAGUGAAAAAGUUUCAGUUCAACCCACUUCACGAUGUUCCCCACAGUGCUGGUCUCGGUCACGCCGAGUUAACGGUGAAGCACCGUGUAAAAUGCAAGCUAAAGUUAGAGUUAGCCAUCUGCUAUCAACCUUGCUACACUGUUAGCCGUGCCAGUAAAAGGGUAGAAUAAACAACAGUACUCAUUACUGAUUGAGCUACUUCCCUUUCUGAGGCAGCUGCAUGUCUCCAGAUGAGACCAGAGAGGAAAUGAGUAACGCGAGUUAAGACGCGGAGGCACCGAUCAGCGCGCGCGGUGGGGGUGGGGUGGUAGUUGAAAACGCUUUUCUGACUUUGAUCAGUCGGUCUUCCUGUCAGCGUGAACAGCAUACAGAUAGAGUAUACUGUAGUAUAAAGUAUACUAUAAGUAUAAUAUCUGCUGUAUAUUUUUUUAAAACUUCAUAAAAAAUUUCAAAAAUAGCCGGAUUAAUCGGUAAUCGGACCCCCCCCCCCCCCCAAUAAUCGGUAUCGGUCGGGCCCUAGUUUUCAUACAGUUUUGAGAAAUCUAUAAAAGAAGUCAUUAAAUUAAAACUAUUGUUUGUCUGAACUCUGAAUGAACUUACCCCUGUGUUUCUCCAGUUGCAACCAUGGUUUUCAUCCAGAGCUACUGUGAAGCCAACUCCUCCAUCUCCCUCACCUGGGUGGAUAAAGGCAUCUCCCCCUGCUUCUACUUCACCCUGCUCCCCUCGAUCCUCCUCACCUUCGCCUUCUUCCUCGGCACCAUCCACUGCAUCUGUUACCAGAAAUAUGGAACAGCGAUGGAGCCCAAGUUCAUCCCUCGCUCUUGUCUCUACACCUUCCAGCUGGCCAUCUCCGUCCUCCUCCUUCUCCAGUUUCUGGGUGGGAUGGUGUGGCGGGCUGCGAUUGGAGGAGAGUUGCCGGGUUAUGUGAUUCUGUACGGCUGUUUCUCAGCGCUGGGAUGGGUUUGGGGGAUCGCUCUGUUGAGGACGGAGAGACGGAGGGUCCUGGUGAGGGAUCGGACGAGGGGCCACAGCGCCAUCCUGCUUCUGUUCUGGGCCAUGGCUUUCGCCGCUGAGAACCUGGCCUUCGUGUCCUGGUACAGUCCUCACUGGUGGUGGGGGCUGGUGGACAACCAGCAACAGGUGAGGAGAAACUGAGCGUCUCGGUAUAAUAUGAUAUUUGUUUUUUGGCGGAUAUCGGACUGAUAUCAAUAUCAUAUCGGGCCAGCCCUAGGUACUACUACUACUUUUUAAAAUUUAAAGUCAUAGCAGGUCCUAAAGAAGUCAAACUUUUACUCACAAGAGGUCUUAGAUUUUUUUAAUUGGACAUGUCUGAGGCCUUUCUGAACAGUGGGAUGUGGACGAGCAAAGGCUGCAAAAAUAAAAAUACAAUUUAUUUAAUGUCCUCCAAACAAUCGCAGCAGCUUUUUAUGAUCACAUUCACAAACAUCAGAGGAAGACUUGCAGUGAAUAAAGGGACGACAUGCAAGUUUGAGGAAAUUUAGCUCUGAGAUCAAAAUAUAAGGAGAAAUGGUUUAAAGUCUUAAUUUGACUCCGCUUUCCUGAGACUCGUACAAAAGUUUGGUAAAGAAAUAUAUCCGCCUCGAGGUUAAUCUCUCAUUUGAUUUUCCGGAUCUCAUUUACAGUCUCAAUCCUCUUAAUCUGGAUGAUUAAUCUGAGAACAAUAUACUUUUUUGUCUGUGAGUUACAGGAUCAGUCGACUUAUUUUCCUGUGAGCGUAUUUCUCGAUAAUUUUUCGCACAUUUUCUCUAAAAUCUUUCCUUUGUGGCAGAAUAAUGUGAUUAACCGAGUCGAGCUGUGUUGGUUCAGGGAUUAGUUUCCUAAACGUAUCGCCUUGUUCCCAGACAUCGGCACGAGUAAUUGUGAAAUUCAUGCGUAAUUUCCCACAUUUCAAAGAAUUAACUCUUAAAUCUUUGGCUUGUUCGUAGUUUUUCUGACCCAGUGUGAGUUACAUUUUGUUUAUUUGAGACUAGAUUUAGUCUGUAGUUUUGAAAUAUCUUUGAUUUUGACAUUUUGAAUCAUUUUCAAGAAGUUUUGUUGCUUUAACUUUCCUCUUUUGAAACCUGCUUGUUCGUGUCUCCUCUGCUUUUUCAGAGUACAGCUCUCUUAACUUUGCUUUUACGGUGUUAAGUUUGUUUAAAUAGGUCAGACUGUAGUUAUUUAUUUAUUACAGGUGUGUCUGAGUCCAUUCCCGCUUUGAGGUGAACUCACCCAGGCUGUAAAAUGUGCAGAAAACUCACACCCCAGCCUCAAGACGCUGAGUUUAUUUUGCUGAGUCACUGCACGGUGCAACUUUCAGAUCCUGAAAGCAGCGCGGUUAACCAAUCGGAUCAAGAGACUGCACGUGAGCCCCGCCCACGCUGAGUCAGCAGCUGUUUGAUUGUCAGCAUGACAUGCAGUUUCAGUCAUAGGAAGGAUUUCAGCAACAUUUUUUCAAUUCUGAACCUAAAUUAUUGAUUAAUAAUAAGAAGUUGAUCACUGAAACUUUUAUUUUAACACAUUUUUUCUCUAAAUUUCCAUUUUAAUAAGAAUCCCUGGACUCAUAUUUGAUCACUUCUUAUAGUAAUGUUUAUAUUAUAGUCUGUGACUCGUGAAAAAACUGGUUUACCACAACCAAAGGUCCUUCAAGAGUCAGACUGUCUGCUCUGGAGGUCACAUCCUCAUCACUGGAAAUCUUGAAUGAACUUUAUACAUGAACAGAGCUUGAAAAAUAUGGAGGAUGAAAUCCACCCAUGCCCUCCACCUCCUGCUGAAUAAUCUCUUUUUCACCGUCUAUCCCCCCCUCAGGUGCAGCUCGCUCUCUGGAUGAUGCGCUACGCCGGCACUGGACUGCUCUUCAUCAUCGGUCUGAACGCCCCCGGUCUGCCGAGGCGACCGUACAUGUUGCUGAUAAACGAGAAUGAGCGAGACGUGGAGACCAGCACGCAGGUAGUGACGCACAAAAAUCAUAUUUACAUUCCACUUUUAUACCUCGAUUAAAAGCGUGUUCAUCAUCCGUCCCUCUUAGAGUCUUCUGGGCAGAGCAGAUGAGAACCAGUCCACCUGGCAGGGCUUCAGGAGCAAAGUCCGCCUGCUCGUCCCCUACAUGUGGCCUAAAGGAAACAUCCUACUCCAGGUUCUGGUGCUCUUCUGUUUGGGUCUGCUCGGAAUCGAGAGAGCCAUUAACGUCUUCGUGCCGAUUUACUACAAGAACAUAGGUGAGUGGAGAACCUUGUUAUGUAACCCUGCAGACCUGAAUGAUCCCCCACUUUUCUCUUAAACCUCAUAAAAACACACCGCAGAGAAAAACGCCUCUCCAUCUGAUCUUUGUCCUCCUCUCAGUGAACGACCUGACUAACGGCAGCAGCUGGCACACUCUGGCCACCACCGUCUGUACUUAUGUCCUGCUCAAGUUCUUCCAGGGAGGUGGAGCAGGUAAGAUCGACAUGCAUUCAUAGCUUUAGGAUCAUAUCAAGGGAUGUAACUGGUUCAGAGUGCUUUAGUUGAUACAAAACGGUCAUUUUAGAGAGAGUCGUUGGUGGUUUCUGUGUUUUUACAGGUUUGCAUAUAUCAAUUAGAGAUGGGAGUAUAAUGUGUCUUUUACCAUCUCCUCCUCCUUUUCCAGGUGCCUCAGGGUUCGUCAGCAACAUGCGCUCCUUCCUGUGGAUCAAGGUGCAGCAGUACACCAACCGCAUGGUUCAAGUGCGUCUGUUCGCCCACCUGCACUCCCUCUCUCUGCGCUGGCAUCUGGGCCGCAAGACGGGCGACGUGCUGAGGAGCAUCGACCGCGGCACGUCCUCCAUUAACAGCCUGCUCAGGUGAGAUGGAGUGGAAACCUUUGAAGAAACGAGUGGAUUUACUUUGAAACUGAGCUGGAGCACUUCAGAUGACUCAAAUACUUUACGUCCACAUUUUGCAAGAGUGAAAUCAAAUUUUCUGUAACAUCAAAGAGGAUUAGGGCCACAUGAAAUGAAAAAAGUUAUUAGAGGAAGAGCAUAAAAGUUGAAAUUUCAAGAUGAAAAAAUAAAAAUUAUGUCAAUAAAGUUGGAAAACAUUGAAAUUUCAAGAUUAAAGUCAACAUUUCGAGGGAACAAAAUGUGGAAAUUUCGUGACUAAUGUCCAAAUGUUGAGAUUAAAAAAAUUACAUUUUAAGAUAAAGUAGAAAUUUUGGUUUAAAGUAGAGCAUGACACGGGAGCGGAUUUUCACUCCUGUCCCGUCCCACUCCCAGAGAAAAAAUCCUGUCCUGUUCCAAUCCCGGACCAGUGUAAAAAAAUUAAUACUGUCCUGUCCCACUCCAGUAGAAUGACUCCCACUCGCAUCCCGCUCCCGUUUGAAUAAAAACCAAACAUGUUGAAAAGACGUUGCAUUUUUUUAUUUUAGGUAAAAGUGCACUUGUGGCAGCCAAGUCGGAACGGGUGUCGCCGGCAGCUGCUUCGAGUCGCUUUUCACUUCCGGUGGUGACAGGAAGUCAAACCACUGUUGUAGUUCUUUUGUGUUGCUAGCGCGGUCAAGAGUGUUGGCUCUCACUGAGAGAUGACUACAAAAUCCUCUAUGAUCAUCUAUUGAUGUUGUUCCUGCUCCUGCCCGCUCCCGUUGCUUUUUUUCCCGUCCUGAUCACGGGAUUAAUUGAAAAAUGUCAUCCUCUAGUUUAAAGUCGACAUGACCGAAGUAGAAAUUUCUACUUUUGCAAAUUUCAACUUAAAUCUUGAAAUUUUGACUUAAAUCUCGAAAUGGAAAUUUAAAAAUCUCCCCCCUGUUAUUAUUUUUUUCUCCUCACCAUGUGGCAAACUCAGCUGCUGUGAAAUAUAAAAUCUGCACUUCCUUGAGUGUCCACCUGAGGCAGACUGCAAAGGGCAAGGAAUCCCUAAUUCAGCUCAUGUGAAAAUGUCGACUUUCACAGCAGAAUGAAACAUGUUUACAGCCUGAAAAUUUGCAUAAUUAAUUGCCGUUGAGCUACAAAACAUUACCUCCCAUAUGUCCUUUUUUUCAGCUACAUCGUGUUCAGCAUCGUCCCCACCAUCGCUGAUAUCGUCAUCGCUAUCAUCUACUUCGUGACGUUUUUCAACGCCUGGUUCGGCCUUAUCGUCUUUGUCUGCAUGGCGCUGUAUCUCAGUAAGUUCAAAUUCAACAGAUACAUGUUAAAAUAUCGGCUCGUUUAGUUUGACAAGACGCUCAAAAGAGACUGUCGAUGUUUCCUCCAGCUCUGACCAUCAUCAUCACCGAAUGGAGGACCAAGUACAGGCGAGACAUGAACCAGCAGGACAACAACGCCAAAUCCAAAGCUGUGGACUCUUUGUUGAACUUUGAGACGGUACAGCAGAACCUUCAAGUCUCCAGUUUUCAUUUGAAUUCAUUGAAAUGUCCGUCUUAUUGUUUUAUUUCCGUCCGGUUAAACAGGUUAAGUACUACAACGCAGAGAGUUAUGAAGUGGGACGCUUUGAGGACGCCAUCCUGAAAUACCAGGUGAGUCAGAGGGUAGCAAAGUGGCAAACACAGCGAGGAUGCAUGUGUUUGUUUUUGCAGCUGUUCAUUAAGUAGGACAAAGAGGUGUCUUGGUGGGGCAGUUAAGGAGCAGGAAUGCAGAACUUCUGGUCUGCAUCAAGACAUGAGCAGUUGAUUGUUGAUCAGAUUUUAAAGAUUGAUGUUAUAGUAUCUCAUCUGCUCAUGCACAUCGGUCUUCCUCAUAAAUGCAUACAUAUAAUGUCUCUUUCCUCCUCUUGUGUUCAGGUGUCAGAGUGGAAGACCCAGGCAUCCCUGGCCUUUCUGAACCAAACCCAGAACCUCAUCAUCGGGUCAGGUCUGCUGGCCGGUUCCCUCCUCUGUGCCUACUUUGUGACUGAGAAGACGUUUAAGGUGCAGAUCAUCUUUUUAUUCCUCUUUUUCUCCAAGCUUGAUGAGAACGAUUCACUUUAAAAUGUCAUUAAAUAUCUUAAAAUGAGUUUCAAGUGGGUUUAACUGAUUCAGAUGUGAAGAAAAAUGGCUUUUUUAACAUCAAGUUUGAUUGUGAAUAAAAUCCUCUCAUCGUAGGUUGGAGAUUUUGUCCUCUUUGGCACCUACAUCAUCCAGCUGUACACCCCACUCAACUGGUUUGGCACCUACUACAGGUAAAGAGAGGCGGAGCAGGUUUAAGAUGCAUCAAAAUCAACUUAAAAUCUAUCUGGAUUUAAUUUAAAAUUCAAUAAAAAAAACUGGUAAUGAACAAAAUGAAUGACGUCUGAGUCUUGCACACUGGUUUUAUUCCCUACAGAAUGAUCCAGAACUCCUUCAUCGACAUGGAGAGCAUGUUCAAACUCUUUGAAGAAGAGGAAGAGGUACAUUCGAUUUCUACAGAUUGGUUUUCACUCAAAUCUUUACCCGGAUUCCACUUAAGUGUGUUUUUCUCCCGUGCAGGUGAAGGAUGUCGUGAAUGCAGGAAGCUUCCUCUUCAAACGGGGAAAAGUUGAGUUUGAGAACGUCUACUUCCGCUACACAAGCGGGUGAGUUAAUUCUGGAUUCAAAGUCUUAAAUCAAAAAAAAAAACACGAAUAACUUUGACUCUACGAGACUCCAUUGUUGAAUUUCUCUUUAUCUUCCAGGAAGGAGAUUCUCAAGGAUGUUUCCUUCACCGUGCAUCCGGGACAGACAGUCGCUCUGGUAUGUCUUGGUCACUUCAAAGAGAUUUGACGGUUUCCUCACUCAUACACAUGGAUGUAUGCGAUUUGCUCGAAACUCGACACCUAAAGUUUUGUCUUGAUCUCUUCAGGUGGGACCGUCAGGCUCUGGGAAAAGCACCAUCAUCCGUCUCCUCUUCCGUUUCUAUGAUGUUCAGGGAGGCUCCAUCAGCAUCGAUGGGCAGGAUAUAUCAAGAGUAAAUCCUUAUAUCAAGAUUUUGCUUCUGUGAUGAUAUAGUAACUGUUUGUACAGUACAGUACAGGUUCCAGGUUGUCUUUACUUUACUCUUUACUAAUCAUAAGGAUUUAUCCUCGUCUCACUUCAGGUGAAGCAGAGGUCCCUGCGAGCUCACAUCGGUGUUGUUCCUCAGGACACCGUGCUCUUCAACGACACCAUCCGAGAAAACAUCCGCUACGGCCGCAACACCGCCAGUGACCAAGAAGUGGAGGAGGCGGCUCUAGCUGCUGACAUCCAUGAUAAAAUCAUGACCUUCCCUGAAGGUAACGCAGAGAUUGACCCUACUGUGCGGUCCUUACUUUGUUUUUUUCUUAGAGGUGAUGAAAACACCAAAAUGAGGAAUUCAUGCCCACCUGAAAAGACAGUUUUGUGAGUGUGAAAAAGGAAAGAAAGCAUGAUCUUUUGAAUUCUCCUGCAGGUUAUGAUACACAGGUGGGAGAGAGAGGUUUGAAGCUGAGUGGAGGAGAGAAGCAGAGAGUGGCCAUCGCCAGAACAAUCCUCAAGGCGCCGCAGAUCGUUCUGCUGGAUGAGGUGAGAAAAAGAAAUUGUAUCAAACCUGUGACAGAAGAGAGAAACUCUCGUGUGGACUAUAUUACUCUGAAAAUACUUUUACUUUAGGGGGUGUUGGGUUACACUUUCAAACAUGGCCCUGUUUUUAACCACUCUGGUUAAUGUUGUUAGGCUACGUCAGCACUAGACACCCAGACAGAACGCAACAUCCAGGCCUCGCUGGCCAAAGUUUGUGCAAACCGAACAACAGUCGUCGUAGCACACAGGUGAGAUGUACAGAUGCAUUUUUCACUUUGUUUGAGGAAAUCAGUGGAUUCCUCUGAUAACUUGUGUUCUCAUCUUGUUUUAAUAUUUAAAGAUUGUCUACAAUAAUCGGUGCAGACCAGAUUCUGGUUAUCAACGAUGGCCGGAUUGCAGAGCAGGGACGGUGAGUGUGUCACGUACAAGCUUGCAGCACAUCUCUCUUUUGUUAUUGAACUCUCAAAUGACUCACUCUCUCUCUCUCUGUGCAGGCAUGAGGAGCUGCUGCUGAAGGGAGGCCUGUACUCAGACAUGUGGAUGAGGCAGCAGCAGGCCCAGGACUCUGACACCUCUGACACUGAAGCCAAGGACCGCACGUCUGAGAAGCUGCAGCCGCCAUCCACGUCUGCAGCCGACUCCAGCGACUGAAUGUACACUUCUGUUUGUGUUUCAAAGAGGACUUCAUGUCUGAGAUUUCUGUUAAUUUUAGAAAAGAUUUUAGGACACUCAGAGAAAAGGAAAUUUUAUUUAUUUUGUAGAGUUUCUAUGUGCAAUGAGGAGUUGAGGAGUAAAGUUUAAGAGGGGAGCUUUUCUAGGCCAGAUUUCCUUUUUUUUUUAGAAUGCACUUAUGCCAAAUCAGGUUAUACGUCUGUGCUUGAAACAAGCAUUUUCUUUCUUUUACUCGUGUAAUUUUAAAUAUCUGGGCUGAUUUAAGUUAUUUUAAGAUACAUAAGGGAAAAUCAAAAGAACAAACACUCGAAUCACUGUCUGAAUGACGUAAGUUUGCUCUGAGUGCUGUCAAGAUCUUCAAGGAUUCUUCGUUUUAUAGUUUUACAUUUGUUUGUCAUUUACAAACUCUGCUGUUCAAAGAGAUUUUAGAUGUCUGAUUAUUACAUCUACUAAACUACACAAAAAGUUAAGGUAAAAUGUUUCAGCUGUGAUAUUUGAAACACUGUUUUAGUCAGUGUUGCACAAAUAACUUGUUUAAUCAAUAUCUGUCUGUUUUCAGGAGUUCAAAAUACAAGGAUUGUUCUCAUUAUGGACAUUUACAUAUAUAACCUAGUUAAUGAUUCGUUAUUACACUGGUGUUUUUGCCAGAUGGAUAAGUCAAAAAAAUCCACCAUGAAAAGAAGGCUGUCGUUCACCUCAGUGUCAUACUGAUUUACAGCCAUAUACUCAAUCUCUUGAGUAAAUUAGCCUUUUGUUUGAUUUUGUAUUUCUACCUCAGAAAGGUAUGAGUCAUGUUGCAUUUGUAAAUAUUGUUUUGUUGUGUUCCUAUGGAAAAUAAAAGGUUUCUAAAAAAAAA